AUGGUUCCUCUGGAUGUCGCAGGCAGCAGAAGCUGUGUCUUGUUGGGAGAUCACCUCCAGCUACCGCCAACCGUCUUUCAUCCUGAAGCAGACGACCUCCAGAUAAACCGCUCAAUGUUCGAGCGGCUUUGUGUGCUUGGUCAUCAACCAGACUUGCUGGAGGAGCAAUACCGCAUGGCACCAGCCAUUUCUGCAUUUCCACGCAAGCAUUUCUAUGGAGGACGCCUGUUGGAUGCGCCAUCAGUGUCUGAACGCCGCCAGACCAAGCUUGUGCCAUCCUUCCUUCUCCUGGACCUGAAGUCGCAUGCGGUGCAGACAGCAUCUGGCUCUUGGCAAAACCAGGAGGAGGCAAAGUUCUGCGCCCGGCUUGCAGCUGAACUGCAAUCCACUUCAUUGUCAGCCAGCAAUGACGUUCUGGCCCGUGACAUUGGCAUCAUUACGCCCUACAAAGCGCAACAGUUUCUGAUUGAGUCCGCUCUGAACCGGCGCAAGCUGCAGUUUCCUGUAAGAGUUGCGACCGUCGACUCGUACCAAGGCCAGGAGUUCGAAGCUGUGAUCUGCUCCACCGUGCGUGCAUCCCACAACUCGCGCUCUGGAAUUGGUUUCGUAGCUGAUGAGCGACGCUUGAACGUCGCUUUGACUCGCGCUCGCGAGUGCCUUCUGGUGGUGUGCCACGCGCAGACUGUGGCGCAGUCGAAGACGCUCGCUGCACUUCUGGAACACGCGCAGCAACAGCGCGCCUUCAGGACCCGUCCCUUCUGUAGGUGCCUGUGGUGGUGCAUGCCGGCCAACAAGCCCAUAUUUGCUUCCACAUAUAUGACUGCUUUUGAUUGUGCUGACGGGUAA